UGGAGAAGUGGGCGGUGAAAAGUGUUCUAUAAACAUCUGGCCGUAGAACGUCGACGUGUAGGCCUAAUACACGAAUAUAUGCAAAUACAUAUGUCCAGGAGGGGUAUUGUUUGGAAUCAGGGACAGUAACAAUACAGAACAGUUGAAUUUGGAAGCAAAGGUUUCAAAAGUUUAGAGUUGAAAAUUGCUCGCUGUGCACAGAUACACGAAUAGGCUACAGAAAAAAGAGGGCGUCUUCUGUCCUGAAAACGAGGUUCUUGUGAAUGUUUGGACUUCCAGCAGUAUACAGAAAAUCGCUAAGCCUCUCUGAUACGCGAGGAUGUCAGACCCAAUCGAAUCUGGGACCAGUGACGUAGUUCCACCAGCUGAUGGUCCCCAGAACCCAAGUUCGGGGACACCGCUUGUGGAAGUGACGUUUCAGAAAACCGAGCAUAAACACAAGUAUCUGGAAGCGGAGCCUAAAAUCCUAGGGAUUACUCAGAUUAUGCUGAGUGUCUUUCAGAUUCUCUCGACAUCCUCAUCCUAUUCCUGGCUCUUAAACGUUGCAAGCCCUUUGUUGUCCAUACCUGUAAUCAUAGCUGGAAGUGUGACGUUGGCUGCUCAGAAUUUGCAUCUUCCAACGAUCAAGGCCUGUUUGGCGAUGCAAGUUCUGGCAUGUGUUGCAUCUGUGUUCAACUUCCUGCUCAGUACCAUGGAAUUAUCCGAAGGUUUUGCAAGCCAUAUUUGCUGGAUGCAUGAAAACGGCACUGAAGUCAAAGUUUGCAGAUGGGUAACGUCGGUGGCUGACCACCUAGUCGCUGGAGAGAUGCUUGUUCUUGCGGCUCAGAUUGCUAUUUCUGCCACAGUGGCUGCCUACUGUUGUAAAGUAGUGCAGUGCUGUUCUCCAAGGGCUCACAUGCCCGUGAUCACAGUUACUGUACCCCCUGCUCCGCAAUGAAAAAGAGAUGGGGAGGUUGUAAGACGGUACUGAAGAACACUGACAAAGACAAGAGGUGAAGAAAUGUAGCCAAACAUCAUCUACCCAUGAUUUACCUACCUGCAUACACUUAUUAACCAUCACUAUCAGCAAGUCAUAUGUCAUACAAUAAUGUUGUAUUUCCAUUUUUACAUGUCAUUUUUACAUAUUUACUCUUGAAUGGAAAUAUACAAAUAUAAUCAAUUUAUUAUAGAACAUUAAAUUAGAAAUGAAUGUCGUAUUUACCAUAACUUUGUUCUAUCUUAAAAAUUAGUAUUCCUGAAAUGAAAUGAGAUGUUGUGUUCUAAUUUUGAUGUACACAAGUCAAGUUAUUGGCUUCUUACGGCUCACUAACCACUUCAUGCUAAUGUAACACGUACCCUCCCAAGGCAAUGAAGCUGUGCUUUUACAGAGAUAGACAGGGAAAAAAACUCUAAAUCAGUCUGUUAGAGGGUAAAGCAGAUGAAAGUUGAGCAGAAGAGGUUUGGAUGUUCUUCCACUGAGAAAUUUGGAUUUAUACACCCAGUUUGGUUUGUUUUAAAGACUUUUCUUUUGGAAUCUAAAAUUUACUGCACAACGUCCUUGAAAACCUUGGACAUAUCCAUCACAUGAAUGAAAAUAUUUUGCUUGGACAUGCAAUGAGCUUUCAGCACAGAUGCAUCAAAGUUAUGCUUCAAAUAUAACUUCAUCUGAUGCCUGUUGUUACGGUGCACUGAAUAGACAGUGAAUAAUUCCCUCUGCCAAAAUCCCCAGUUUUUUAGAGUGAAAUGUGGUGAUAUACUUUGAAAUUUCUGGGUGGGAGGACACCUAGACUGCUGCUGUUUUCAGUCACAACUGGCCUUGUUUUGGUACGCACUGAAUUUAAUACAGUGGAAUUACAUAUAUGAAAUAUACUACGGGAAAAAAAACCUUCUAAUCUAAUGUUUACUGUCAGUAUAUGAAAAACUGACAGUAUGUCAGUGUUUUAUUGUUACAUUCAUCAUCACAUUUAUUACCACAAUUAAAAUACUUAAUAUUAAAAUACUGAUGAUUUUUUA